AUGCCCGCGUCUGCUCUGUUGAUCACUGGAAUGAUCACGUCUAUGACGGAGAAGUACGCCUUGUACGAGAACACUGGAGACAGAUCCUACCUCAGCGACUUGUACGACAACGUAGAGUUGUACGGUAUCUUGUAUCUCGUUGGCGCUGCUGUGAUCGCGAUCUUCAUGUACAUGCAGACUUACUGCUUUAAGUUUAUCGAGGAAAAGACGACGACGCGUCUCCGUAACACGAACUUCGAGAGUCUCUGUCGACAGAACGUUGGGUUCUUCGAUGAGAAAGAGAACGCGACCGGUGCGCUGACGGCUGACCUCGCCACGAACGCCACCAAGGUUGCAUUACUGUCCGGUGACUCGCAAGCUCGUGUGUUCCAAGCCAUCUUCACGUUGAUCGCGGCUUUGGUGAUCUCGUUUGGCUUCGGGAGCUGGCUAUUGUCUCUCAUCAUGUUGGCUAUUAUGCCGUUCUUGCUGUUUGGGCAUAUCGCUCGUAUGAAGCAAAUGCAAGGCGGAGGUUUAAUCUCGGACGAUUUGGCCAUCCCAGGCGCCCAUGCGUCCGAGGUUCUCAGCAAUAUUCGAACUGUUGCUGCUCUGGGGAUUGAAAAGAGAUCUGCUGACGUUUUCGAUGAGUUACUGGAAGAACCGCUCCAGAAAGGCAGCAAGGAGGCGCAGAUUAAUGGCGCAUCGCUUGGUUUCAGCUCGUUCAUUAUGAUGGCGACGUACUCACUCAUCUUCUGGUUUGGAGCCAAGAAGGUGAAUGACGGAUCGGUUGGAUUUACGGAGAUGAUGCGAACUCUCAUGGCAAUUAUGAUGUCAGUUCAAAUUGUCAGUGGUGCCUCGUCCUUUAUGGGGGAUGCACCGAAGGCGUUCAAGGCCGGAUCGACUAUCUUUGCUAUCCGUGACCGAGUUACUCCGAUCGAUUCUUUUGAUCCAGAUGGGCUUCGUCUGCCUAAGGUCGAAGGGCGUCUGGAGUUCAAGGACAUCUCGUUCCGGUACCCGACGCGUCCGGAGAUCAACGUGCUUAAGCACUACACCCUCACUAUCGAGGCAGGUCAGACUGUGGCGUUCUGUGGACCCAGUGGCGGCGGCAAGAGUACUAUUAUUUCGCUCAUCGAGCGCUUCUACGACCCUGUGGUGGGUGAAGUUCUAUUGGACGGCCACAAUAUUAAGGACCUGAACUUGGGUUGGCUACGUAGUCAGAUUGGACUGGUGGGUCAGGAGCCCAUGCUCUUCAUUGGAACCAUCGCUGAGAACAUCGCGUACGGCUUGGCAGAGCAGCCGAGUCAGCAACAGAUCGAAGAAGCUGCCAAGAUGGCCAACGCGCACGACUUCAUCACGCAGUUCCCGGCCGGCUACGACACUCAGGUAGGGAUGAAGGGGGAGCAGUUGUCGGGAGGGCAGAAGCAGCGUAUCGCCAUUGCUCGAGCUAUUCUGAAGAACCCGAACGUCUUAUUGCUGGAUGAAGCCACGAGCGCGCUGGACUCGGAGAGCGAAAAGGUGGUACAGGAAGCGCUGGACAAGGUGGUGGCGUUGAAGCGACGGACAACUAUCGUCAUUGCUCAUCGGUUGUCGACGAUUCGCCGCGCUGACAAGAUUUGUGUCGUGAGCGGAGGCAAGAUCGCGGAGCAGGGCACACACCAGGAGUUGUUGCAGCUGAAUGGGAUCUACGCUGGUCUCGUGGAGUCUGCGUCGAUGUGA